GGACGGAGUUACUGUUGCACAUUAGGCUACUCUCCAUCUGGAUGCUCUGACCCCUUUGAAGUCCUUGUUUAAUGAAGAGAGCUGCAUCUCUCACAUUUGACAAGACAGUUAGGCGGCGUCGAGUCUGCGUCCCAAGAGUUUGUUACAAAAGAAACUUGUAGCCUUUCGGUUUGGGUAUUACAAAUAGUUGGUAGCCUUCAAUUGAGACAGAUAUAUAAAUACUAAGUGGAAAAGCAUUUUUCAAUAUACAUUUUUCAAAUCAAGACCAUGAGGCUCAUGUCGACGCGCGUGUCUUUCGUCUCUCUUCUGAUUUUGGUUUUUUUCUUGGGAGACUGCCGCGGCUCUCAGGUGCAGUUCGGCCGCCUAGACCGGUGGGUGAAGACUGGUUUUCAGUACCUGAAGUUGAACCUGUGCCGCAGGGUGUCUCUGUCUGAGGGAGAAUGCAAGCGGCUCUCCCACCUCCAGCUCAGCGGGGUGGCUGUCUAUGUUUCCGAGCCAAACUCUGAAAAAGUACUUGCCAUUCUCCCAGAUUCAUAUUCUGCAGGGUUGCCGCUGCAGAAGCAAGGUGGUCAUGGAUUCAGUCCUGUACUGGAAGACAGUAGAAGACCUCAGGAUUUCUUCCCCGGAUCGACUGCGCAUGACGGCGUGCUGGUGUUAGAUCCUAGUCCCGGAGAGAGUUUCGGACAUCCCGUGGUUCUCUUCUAUAUUGACCUAAACACGACUAAGAAAAAAUGUGCACAUAUGGAUGGAAUUUACUUAGGGGAGGAGUGCCUGACUCUAGCCCUGAAGAGUCGCUGUCAGAACCAGCUGAAGCGUCGUCAGAGUGCCAGCGAGAGGCUGGUGGGGAACGGGCACGCCCAGCGGGCGACCGUGGCGAGGCCUGGCAUCAGCUCGGUACGGGUGGAGCGCAGCGGUGGGCUCUGUGAGGUACACUUCCUCCCCCUGGUGGUCGGAGUCCGGGAUAGCAACCGCACUCAACGGCUACGCUGCAUCGAUCACCCAGACUUCGCCCGGUGCCCCGAGCCUCUGCCCAUCACCAGCCCACAAACGCCUGUGUCCAGCUGUGAGCUGAAUAAAAACACCCGGCGAUGCCACCAGCAGCCUCUGGCCACACACCUCUCCUGCAGGCUCUAUCAGACCUGUGACCACGCAGUGUUGCUCUCAGGCGGAUGGCAGGAACAGAUCACCUACCACCGUCAUGUCCAGAAUCUCCAGCUCUUCCAUUUGAUGUUGAGGAACAAUGGCUUCCACAAAGAUCACAUCAAGACGUUCUUUGCUGGAAACGGACAGCUUUCAGCAGAGGAGACAGAGGGUGUUUAUCCAGCCACAGAGAAAGCGGUGAUAAGGAACCAUCUUUCCUACAUUUGUCGUAAGCAGCACUGUGCCGACACCCUGGUGCUGUUUCUGAACAGUCCUACCAGGAACGACGGGACCAUGUUGCUCUGGGAUGGGAACUACAAUGGAAUAGCCGACCUGAAGGAGCGCUACAGUGUGGGAGAGCUGCUAGCGGAUCUGGCUGGAUGCAAGGCCAGUAGGGUGCUGCUGUUUGUGGAUCAGAGUUACAGUGGCGUGCUCAGCAAGAGACUGAGGGGGUCCGUGAAACACCUCAACGUGGUCCUGCUCAGCAGCGCCCCCUGGGACCUCAACAUCGCCAAGGGCUGGGCCUCUCUACACCCAGCUACGUGCCUUAUAGAUCACCUUAGUAAGGGUUCAGGGAUGUCCCGCCUCCUAGACCCCACAGCCAGCCUAUUAAACGUCACUCUGUCUGGGGCUCCCUGUAAUGCCACACCCCCUUUGAGUGAGGCAGAGAUGAAGAGGGGGUAUAUGGGUUGUCAGAACCUCCCCACGGCCCUGUGGUAUCAAAACCACAACCAGAACCGACGCAGACCCCUGGACAGAAAGAACUGAGGAAUAACAAAUGCACAAAAAGGCACACACAAAUACACAAAAAGCAACACACACACACACGUUAGAGUUAGGGUUAUGAGUUGCUUUCUCCAUCACACACUGGACGAUGGCUUGUCAUAGUUCUGCUCCAUUACAACACCUCUCUGAAUAUUUCUUUUCAGCCCAUGACUGCACCUAUUGAACCCACCCAGACCCUGUGACCCCACCCAUGCCCCAAAGGCCACACCCAUAUCCUUAGACCACGCAAAUGCCCCAAGGCCACACCCAUAUCCCUAGACCUCGCCAAUCCCCCAAGAUCACAUCCAUAUCCCUAGACCAUGUAAAUGCCCCAAGGCCACACCCAUAUCCCUAGACCACGCCAAUCCCCCAAGGCCACACCCAUAUCCUUAGACCACGCAAAUGCCCCAGGCCACACCCAUAU